UACUCUGUUGUUCAAAGUGUCCAUCAUAUUAACUGUCUACGCAACUAGCACAGGCCAUUCAUUCUUUCUUCGUACUGUUUAUCUACCUUAUAAACAUAGGUACACUGAAUUGCACGUACCCUCAUAUAUAAUUUUAAAAUUUUCUGGAAAAAAAAUGAAGACAAACAGUAAGUGUUUCGAGUGUAAGAACAAAGAAAGGUUGAACAAGAAACGAUUUCUGAUAAUUGUGAAUGUGUUGGGAAGUGCGGGACCUCUAAGAUUUAUAGUGAAUGAAGAGGAUGUUUUGGGUGGAGUUAUUGAAACUGCUUUGAAAUUAUAUGCUAAAGAAGGUCGUCUCCCUGUUUUGGGUUCUGAUAAUUCCAAAUUUCUCAUCUAUUGCGCCAAUCUUGGAUCUGAUGCUUUGAGGCCAUGGGACGAGGUAGGAUGUUGUGGAGCAAGGAAUUUUGUGUUAUGCAAAAAGCGAGAGCAGCAAUCAAACAUGAGUGAGGCAAGAUCCCAUAUCAUCUCACGUAAGGGGUAUUAUGGGAAUUGGAAAGCCUGGCUCAACAAACAAAUCCUUCACCUUUAAAAUAUCAUAUUGAUAUCCAUCCUUUUAGUAAUUUGCUGCUUAAAUCAAACAUAUUUGCUUUUGUGUACUACUGCCUUUAUAAAAUAAUCGGUGCUCCAUCAUUAUCAUAUUUUAACUACUGUACUACUUUGUCAAAUAAUUAUAUCAAGUUAAGGAUGAACCGGAUACUAAAACCAAAAAAAUAAUGUGUUAUACACACCAUACUGCCAGAAAUUUCAGGCAAUUAAUAUCAAUGUGUAAUCUAUAUGUAUACUUCGGGGAUACAACAGUGUAUUUUAGUACUGUAAAAUAAUAUUGUUCCAACAUGAAUAAUAUGGGCUUCAUCAAGUUGUGAGUUUCGUUUUC